GCGGCGCUGCCGCCGACGGUGUGACGCGCAGCCGUUAUCGUGCGGUGAGAACGUGUGCUAAGCACCCGGUGCAGUGCUUGCCUCGUAGCACUUGUCUAUGGGUAAUUCCAGAAAUGAUCGGCCAUUCCAUUGUCAGCGUAUUGAUGCUUGUCUCAUUGCACUGGUUCAUCUUCCUUCUCAACUUACCUGUUGCCACAUGGAAUAUAUAUCGGUUCAUUAUGGUGCCAAGUGGCAACAUGGGAGUGUUUGACCCAACAGAAAUACACAAUCGAGGGCAGCUGAAGUCACACAUGAAAGAAGCCAUGAUCAAACUUGGUUUCCACUUGCUCUGUUUCUUCAUGUAUCUGUAUAGUAUGAUUUUAGCUUUGAUAAAUGACUGAAGCUGGAGAAGCCGUGCUUGAAGUCAGCCUACGCUACAGUGCACAGUGGAGGAGCCAGAGACUGCCUGAACCAUCCUUAGAACCAUGACCAUAGCAGUAUAUAUUUUCGUCUUUGAACAAAAACUAUUUUUGCUGUAUUUUUACCAUAUAAAGUAUUUAAAAAAUAAGAAUUGAGUUUUUGUAGAUUUCUGGUUCUCAACUUUAGCCCAACAUGUAGAAGUGUUUUUGCCCAAAUGCUGAAAGUAGUUAUUUGUGUGUAGAUGUAGGACUGUAUGUUGGCUUGCAUGCCAAAGCAUGAGGGACAUCCCUUCAAGGGACACUCACUAGAUGAGGCACGGGAUAGUCUCAGUACAAAACAACAUUGCUCCUUUGGUCAAGAGAAGAAAGAAAGUAGUGGCAGCUUCAUACAUUAAUAUGGUUUAAAGUUUAUGGGAUUGUCAGCUAAGAGUCUUUCUACAAGAAUGUUAACAGAAAAUGACAUUUUACAAUAUAUUUUUCUUUGCAGUAUCUGUGAAAUCUUAUAAGCCAUUCCCCAGGUACAAUGUAAUUAUUAUAGAAAGGAAAAAUAAAUUAUAAAACCAAGGUUUUAUCAGCACUUUUGUUUAAAAGCUACUGCUCCCACAGGCACCCCACACCCAUACAGUGCCCCCAGCACUUGCUGGGUCUUGUUUCUGUAUAAUUGCUCCAGUUGCAUUUGCUCUCUGAGUGCAUUUUACAUGUGGAGAGGUGAUUUGGUAGGGGGUGCAUGUUAGAAGCAAGAGGUCAUUGUCAGUGACAGCCUAUUCUUGUCCUGGUUGGUACUGGGAUUAACUGUAGUCCUUCUGUUCAGCACUGACCACUCUGACUCGGGAGACUCCAUACAAGCCAUUUCCUGCACAUAGCAGUAUCUCACCAGGUGCAGUUCCUUGGAGCCGCAUUUGUAAAAAACUCUUGCAUUGAUGAGCGCAGUUGCCUCCUCUGCUCUUCACCAGCCUUGGGGUGUACAGUAAGCCUAGCUGUUCAUCCUCAGUCCUAGUUGGUGCUUUGAUGUUGUCUUCAGCACUGGCAUUUAGGCAUAUUACUACUGGGUUUUUAUGGUGGAGUCUAAAGGGAGUGUUCCCUCUGACAUGAAAUGGGGGGCUGACAAGGUGUGUGGUCCCCACAGUGUUAACUGUUCUGUGUCCUUCUGGCCUUGGACUAAGCAUAGCUUUGGUGGAAGCCAGGGAGCAGUAAGCUCAGUGCCCCUGCUGCUGAUGUUUUGGGGUGGAAGGACUGCCCCAGCAACAUAGGAAAGAAAACGAGGUAGGAAAAGUACUGUGCCUCUUCUGGCCUCUUGGGGGCCACAGAUUCUUCUUGUGGUUACAUUGUAUUUCUGGCAGGCCAAGGCCCAAGAGGCUGGUACCUGGCUUGUAUCUCUUUCUUACCUUUUCCCUCCGAUGCAGCUUGUUUAAAAAACAAUCCCUUCCCUUAACUUCCAGUGCCUCUUUAUGUUCUGCUCAAGCUUAUGAAACUGUUGGAGAACUUCAAUCCCUAGCACACAGAGACUAACAAACUACUUAAAGUAGCUCAGUGUGGUGAGCAGACAUUUUGUCCUAAUAAUCGAACCAACGCCCACGGAGCCAGGUGUCUUGGGGCUGUGGGUUUACCUGUCAGGUUAGGCUACUGAGCAGAUCAGAGUGGUGCCUUGCUUGUAAGACCAGCGGCACUUUCCUUCUAAAGCAUUAACUGGUUAAAAGCAAAAACCCUUUCUUGUACUGCUUGUCUGUACCAAAGUCAGGAAGGGAGUAGGGGAGCCAUUCUAGUUUUUUGUUACUAUUUUUUAAGGGCUCUUCUACAAAUGAUAAAGGGCGGGGAAAUUCCCACCUUAAAAUAGCUGUGAUUAAGAUGCUGAUGGUCAGUUUGCUGGGCUUUGUACCAGUGGGAGGGUUGGAGAGGACAUCCCUUGGUCUAAGGUCUGCAGCUUAAAGGCCAGGAGGUUGCCAGGGCUCUGAAGCGUGCGCGCCAGGGAUCCUGGUGUUGAGCCCAGCGUUGUUGCCCUCCUUCCUCACACUGUCCCUCUGUAAAGGUGGAACUUGGGCCAGCCAGUGCAAACCAUCCUGGGUGCUCCUAUGUGCCAGUUAGGGUGAGUUGGGUCGUUUCCCCUGCCUUUUUCCUGCCAUCCUUGCAGCAGUAGCAGGCGCUGUUGCUAAUACCUGGAGUCUCAGCUGAAAGCAAAGAUGCAGCUCAGUCCAUCCGCACCCAGCAGGCCCUGCGCUUCCUUUUUCCUGCCUGUCACACCGAUGACCGUAGGACAAGAAGCCAGCCAGCUGCCCCUGGCCUGGCCUGGCUUUGGGUUUGAAAACUAAGAAAGCUUCCUGCAGCCCUUGGUCUCCUGUGACUCAUCACUUGCUGUCUGGUGUCACAGUUCCUGUGUGCAGUUAAUCUGCUAGAGUGUAUGCUCCUAGAGGGCAGAGUCCACUUGAACUCAUGUUUGUAUCUUCCUUUCCCUCCUGGCACGUGCCACAGUGCCUUGUACACAGAAACAAUAAACGAGUGUUGAGUAACAAA